CGGUAAUGCGCUACGUCGUUUGGUGAAGAAGAAAUAUACUUCCGGGUUUUAACAGGAACCACGUGGGUCUGCUUUGCUGACACCCGGCGAGGAAAAACUCGACACAACAAAACAAAACGUGAAGAACAGUUGAACUUCACGUUUUGUCCUGCUGGUCGUUUCCGGUCUGAUGGCUGAAACUGUGCUGGACAAAAGCCGAGGCCUGAAGUUUGCAGAGCAGCAGCUCCUGCGUCACGGCUGGGAACAAGGUAAAGGACUCGGGCGAUCUGAAAACGGCAUCUCGGAGGCCAUCAAGGUCAAGGUGAAAUGUGACAAAGGAGGGAUCGGCCACAGAGAAGGGGAGCAGUUCACCUUCCACUGGUGGGAUCACGUCUUUAAUAAAGCCUCCUCCACUCUGCAGGUGGAGACGGAUCAGAAUGGAAUUAAGCUUAAAAAGACAGCAGAGGAGGAAGAGGACAGAAGGAUCUCAAACAAGAAGCCCCGGAAAUCCCUACAGGAGAAGUCCAAACUGUACGGCUGCUUCGUGAAGUCGGCCACGCUGCUGUCCGGUCAGGAGGAGCCAGAGCCAAAGUCAGCAGCUUCAGGAGACAGCAGCAGUUCUGAUGAGGAAGAGGAGCAGAAACUGGAUCUGUCCAGCACCACCAAACUUUCUGACGCUGAUCUGAUGAAGGUCUGUGGAGGACGGACCGCUCACAAAGGGGCUCGGCACGGUCUGACCAUGAGCGCCAAGCUGGCCAGACUGGAGCAGCAGGAAGCAGAGUUCUUGGCCAAGUAUGGGAAGACCCAGCAAACAGGAAGUUGUUCCGCCGCGACGCGUCCAACCGAGGAGACGACUGAGACGGCGGGCAGGAAGAAGAAGAAAGCGAAGAACUCCACAGAGAGCCGUGCUCAACUAAACGGUGAUGAAGUCUCUGAAAGCCCUGAAACAGAUUUUCAACCAAAGAAGAAGAAAAAGAAGAAGAAGAAGGUUAAGACUGAGGAAGGAAGUGAGGCAGCAGAUGAAGAUGUGAUCCUCGUUGAAAGCAGCGAGGAGCUUUGGCCUAAAAAGAGGAAGAACGAUGAGGAGCAGAUUGAAGAUGGAGGAAAUCCAGAAACUGGAGAGCAAAACUCUGACUGUCAUAUAAGGAGGAAGAAGAAGAAGAAACGUGCUCGGCAUGAUGCUGAACCUGCAGAAACAGAGGAGGCCGAUGGUGCAGAAUCCAUCCAAUCAGAUCCCAGAACAGAGAAGCAGAGAAAGAAAAGAGAGAAAAAGUUUGACGCAUCAAUGGUGGAAGCUGACGGUGAGGAGGUGCUUCCUCCAAAGAAGAAGAAGAAGAAGAAGUCAAAAGGUCAUAACUGAUGAAAACUGAUUUAAGUUGGACUGAGGCGCUGGUUCUAAUCGACCCGCAGCAUCAGGCCUCCUCUUUAUGAAACACAGUCAGUGAUUCUGAGCCCAAACUCUCAGAAAGAAACCUGAGGAAACUUUUCUCUGCAGAGACUGAAAACAAACACCUCAUGUCUGAUAAAGUAUUUCUAUAACUGCAUUUUAGCCUUGAUUACUAAAAUGUGCUGAACCUUUUAAUGGACCACACAGCCAGCAUGAAAUCUGAAGUUAAUAGUGAUAAAAACAGGCAAACAUGAAUGAAAUGAACUGAUUUAUGAAAUAAAAAACAGCCUCAGAUGGUUUUUUAACAUCAAA